AUGAGAAGAAUUAGAAAGGUUAUUAAGCUAUCCAACAAUACUCCACCACAGAACGUCGACGUUGUUCUUUCAUUAGCAAAUAUCCACAACAUUGAUACAUUAUAUUUCAACGAUUGGACUUGCCAAACACAAGAUGAUAGCAAAAAACAAGUAUUACAAGAAAAAUCCAAUAAUAAUGAUGAUCAUCACGAACACAACACAAUGAAAAGUGAAGAGAUUGUGUACGAUGAAGCUGUUGCCGAGAAGAAAUUAAUAACAGCAAACAAGUUACGACUAUUCUCCAAUAGAAUCUUGAGAGAUUUAUUGAAGGAAGAAUUUAAAGUUACACACCAUGGGGUAUCAGCAUUGAAAGAGACACUGAUUCAAGAAAUUAUUACUAAAUUAUAUUCUUCAUCAUCAUCAUCUUCAACAACAACAACUCCGAAAGAAGAUGAAAUUUCAAAAGCAGAAGAAAAAUUAAUUAAUGAUUGGACAGAGAAGGCAGAGAAUUUUCAUAAAUCCUCCAAUUCAUCAGAAAAUACUCUGCUUUCCAUCAGUACUUUAACAGAUAAAUCAAAUACUAUAGUGCCCUUGGUAGUGUCUUUCAAGAGGAAACAGGUGAAGAACUCUUACACUCAACUGUCCAGAGAAGAAAUGUUGAUACAUGCGAAACGAUAUACCACAAACCAUCCACAAAGAGAAUACGGUUCAAAAUCAUUAUAUUGUAAACAAAAUAAGAUUUCUAUUCAUCAAUUAGGAAGAAUUUUAGCACAAUUUGAUGAUAACUGUUUGACUGGAAAAGAAAAACUUUCAAGAGGUUGUAAAUCUCCCAAAUUAACAGCUGAAGAAAUUACUUCUGUCAUUUUGGAAAUUAAUUCUCAAAGAGAUGAUGUCAAUUGCAAGCAAAUCUCAGAUAAGACCAUCUAUGAAGCUAUUACAAAGAUUACAAAGAAGGAAGUGAGUUUAUCAUAUUGUCACAAGUUUGGAAAGACAUACUUUGAAAAAGUCAAAACUCAAAUGGUAAAAACUGAAUCACCAUAUGAAAUCAAAUCUUUGGAUGACAACGAAAAUUCUUCAGUUGAAAAAGAAGACGAAAUGGACACUGACAAUGAUAUUGAUUUUGGAAAUGAUGUUUUACAAUUAACACUAAAUGAGGUGUCAAGAAUUGUUCCUCAAUACUUGAAAUAUAAUAGUAAUGACGAAUGUUUAUGA